CUAUAUCGUCUGGAAUCGGAAAUACGUUAAGAAAAUAUCUGCGUUCGUGUGUUGUUAAAUAUAUUUUUCUUAGCACAUUUUGUACACGAAAUAUACAAGCAUGGCUAUGCAAGCAGCUAAACGAGCUAAUAUUCGAUUACCACCUGAAGUCAACAGAAUACUCUACAUUAGAAAUCUACCAUACAAGAUCACAGCUGAGGAAAUGUACGACAUCUUUGGGAAGUAUGGACCAAUACGGCAGAUUCGAACUGGAAACACACCGGAAUCAAGAGGGACAGCUUAUGUGGUCUACGAGGACAUCUUUGAUGCCAAGAACGCCUGCGAUCACCUUUCUGGAUUCAACGUCUGCAACAGAUAUCUUGUAGUUUUAUACUACAAUGCAAACAGGGCUUUCCAGAAGAUGGACACCAAGAAGAAAGAGGAGCAGCUGAAGCUUCUGAAGGAGAAAUAUGGCAUAAACACAGAUCCCCCAAAAUAGUCUCCCCUCUUCCCCCUUUGGCACAGAAUGUGCAUUUAGAUAUCUGUACAAAUUCACCUCUUUACAUUUACAUUACAUUUAAGUCAUUUAGCAGACUUGUUGUAAGCCAAUAAUGUUUGCUUGUAGGACUCUUGUCUCCUGAAAUGCUUUUUAUUUUAUUUUGCUUAUUUUUUCAAUUCUAAAUCAUUUGUACAUCUCAAUUGCUAAAGUUAACUGAUUUGUAAUUGGGUACUAUCUUGGUUAUCAAGUAUAUUAGGGUGCAUUUUGGGGGGGGGGUGAUUUUUCUACUGAUUGCUGUGUGAUAGUAGUUGCAUUUUACAGGCUUUGACAGUCUUUUUGUUUAAUUUCAGUUUUGGUAUGUCUCUUUGGUGUGCAUUUUGAACGGAAAAAAUCUUCUGCAGUUUGAUGUAAACAUAUUCAUAAAAAAAUGGUAAUUCAUACAAAUACACUUGCAUUUUUAAAUUCUGUCAAAUAAAUUGGUAUUUUCUGUAAAAUAAAUGGUCCUUGUAUAAAAUAUGCUGGCCAUA